GAUACUAUUUGGACUGGGCCAUUUCAUUGGGCCAAUUGUAAAAACAAAUAUGGGCCAAACCAUCCAAACUCAUAUUUGGAAUUCCACGAAACAUGAGCAACAAUCUGACCAUCCGCUUGGCGAAGGAAGUGGCCGACAUCGAGGCUGCUGGCACGUUCAAGAAAGAACGCGUAAUCACGUCGGCACAGGGACCUACGAUCACGGUCGCCGCGCAGUCUGUGCUGAACUUUUGCGCCAACAACUACUUGGGACUGUCCAACCAUCCUGAAGUCGUGCAAGCUGCCAAGGCGACGUUGGACUCGCAUGGAUUCGGUCUCAGCUCUGUGCGCUUCAUCUGCGGGACGCAAGACAUCCAUAAAGAGCUUGAACGCACGAUCUCUUCCUUCCACAGCACCGACGACACCAUCUUGUUUCCGUCGUGCUUCGACGCGAAUGCCGGGCUGUUCGAAGCCCUCUUGAACAACGAGGACGCCGUCAUCUCGGACGAGCUCAACCAUGCGUCCAUCAUCGACGGCAUUCGUUUGUGCAAGGCCGAGCGCCAUCGCUUCAAGCACAUGGACUUGACCGAUCUCGAAGAGAAGCUCAAGGCCACCCAGCAUUGCCGCACCCGUCUUAUCGCGACGGACGGCGCGUUCAGUAUGGACGGAGACGUCGCGCCUCUGCAAGGCAUUUGCGAUCUCGCCGACAAGUACAACGCCCAAGUGUUCAUCGACGAGUGCCAUGCCACAGGCUUCUUUGGGCCGACGGGACGAGGGAGCGACGAAUAUUGCGGUGUCCGCGGUCGCAUCGAUAUCAUCAACUCGACGUUGGGCAAGGCGUUGGGCGGCGGCACCGGCGGAUACACGACGGGACGCCAAGCCGUCGUCGACAUUCUCCGUCAGCGGGCUCGGCCAUAUUUGUUCUCGAACUCGGUUGCCCCUGCGGUCGUCGGAGCAUCCCUCAAGGUCUUCGAGUUGCUCACCCGGACAUCGGAGUAUGUGGAUACAAUUCGCCGCAACACCCAUCGAUUCCGCGAUGCCAUGACCAAGGCUGGGUUUACCUUGACGGGACAACGGUACAGACACUUGCGGAAGUGACCUAGUGACGAUAGGGUUUGUUGUAGGGACCAUCCGAUUGUGGCCGUCAUGGUCGGCGACGCCCGGCUUGCGUCCACGUUGGCGGACAACAUGCUCAAGCACGGGAUCUACGUCAUCGGGUUCAGCUUCCCUGUGGUCCCCAAGGGCAAGGCUCGCAUUCGUGUCCAAAUCUCCGCCGCGCAUACCACGGAGGACGUUGACCGCUGUGUGGAAGCAUUUGUUGCCGGUGGCAAAGCACUCAACAUCCUUUCCUAACCGAGAGAAUCAACGAUUUUGUCCAA